AUGUCUAAAAAAAAUUUUACUACAAUUUUAUCUUAUCUUGUUUUAAUAGUCCUAAUUUUUGGUAUUUUAACAAUAAAUAGUAUUGAAUCUGCUUCUUAUGGAGAAUAUUUGAUAUCUUAUGAUAAUAUACAAAAAAGAUCUCCACCAAUGAUGAAAUGGUAUUCAAAUUCAAAACGUGGAGGUGACUUAUGUGGCUGUAAUAUGGGAUGUUUUUAUCGUUCAUUUGGAGCAUGUUCUGCAUGUUGUUCACUUGGAAUAUAG